AUGCCGAGGCUUGGCGGCGUAACGAAGGGAAAGGUGAAGUCAACCGGUCAGCCGGGUGCGGCCGCCAAAUCCCGGAAGCCAUCCUCCCGAAGACCCCAGCAGCACAAGGCCGCCGGGUCCCGGGAAGAGGACCGCCUCCUCGCGCAGCUCAACCAGAUGUUCGACGAGCUCCAGGCCGACGGUGGUGGCCGUGCCGAGACGGCCAACAGCAGCAAUAGCAAACCCCGAAGUGACGCAGACGAACUCGGCUACGACGCCAUCAUGAGCUACCUCGCGCGGCUGGGCAUCCAGCCCGAGCACCGCGGCGCGCUCGUGCUGUUGGACAUUGUGCGCGCCGACUCGCCCUUCGCCAUCAGCCGCGCGGGAUUCGUCGGCGGCUGGGCGCAGGCCAUGCGCAGCACCGCCGAGCUGCUCCCACAGCAACCAGCGCACGACAACACCGACACCCCCGCUAUGGCCGACACCGACUCGGCUGCCGCCGCAGACGACGCCCGCUGGGCGCAGCAGCGCGCGCUGGUGCGCGCCCGCGUCGACCGCCUGGCCGCCGACCCGGCCUACUUCGCGCACGUGUACGAGCUGGCCUUCCGACUGGGCCGCGGCGACGCGCCGGCCCACGCCCACGCCGCGCUGCCGAUGGACGUUGCUGUUGGGUUUUGGGAGGCGCUGUACGGCUAUAGCAGCAGCAGCGGUGGCGGUAGCAGUAGCGGCGGAGGCGUUGAUGGUGGCAACGGUGGGGGUUUUGACUUCUUUGCGGCCUGGCGGGCAUUUCUCGGGGAGCAGUUCGGUGUCGGCGGCGCGGAGGGCGACGGUAAUCCGGAGGGUAAUGAUAACGGCGGCGGACAACCCCGGUAUAAGGGGGUCGUGACGAGGGAUCUGUGGAACCAGACGCGGCGGUUCGCGGCCAAGACCACGGAGGACGGCACGCUCGGCUUCUGGUCCGAGGACCAGGCCUGGCCGCGGCUCAUCGACGAGUUUGUUGUCUGGUGCCGCGACACGGGAGUCGUUGCGGCCCCGGAGGGCAGGGGCAAGGGGGAGGGGCAGCACGAGGAGGAGGUUGACGAUUACUGA